AUGCCAUCUGACAAAAGUGCCCCGCCUACUUCACUGGAAAUUGGUCUUCCCUCUGACAAAAUGGAAUAUCUCCCUUAUGAGCUGGGGUACCUACCUGAUUCCCUAAAAGAGAUGGCAGAAAAGGAAUUAAACGAAACUGAGGAACGUAAAGAGGCGUGUCUCCAAAAAUUUCGUCAGCUCAUUGCAGCCGAAAAGAACUUCUACGUCAGGACUGACGACUCGUGCCUGCUGUCUUACCUCCGAGGCAAGAAGUACGACGUGGACAAAGCUUUCCGCAGCAUGCAGAACACGUACAAGCUCCGCCUCAAGAAGAAGUUCUACGAUUCAGACGACAAUAGCAUCGUACACGACGUCUUCAGACAGAACUACGUCGGGUUUCUACCAUACAGAGCCAAAAAUGGAAGCGUCAUACUGGUGGUUAAAGUCGGUUCCUGGGAUACGGAAAAGGUCAGUCGGGACCUAUUCAUGUGGGUGCUGACCCACUGUAUGAUUCACUCCAUAGAAGAUCCUGCUACCCAAGUUGCCGGAUACACUGCCCUCGUGGACGUUCGGGGUACCGGAAACAAACACCUCAGGAUGCUGACAAUAGAAAAUAUCAUGUUGCUGAUAUACUCGACGCAAUCAUGCUUUCCGGGGCGUUAUAAGGCCAUCCACGUCAUAGGCAUGCCUAAGUUCUUCACAUACGCCUGGAACAUGGUAUAUCCCUUCAUCAUGAAUCUCAAGCUGAAGAAACGGAUUUUCAUUCAUGGGGAAGACCUGAAGUCUCUCCAUAAGCACCUUUCUCCUGAUAUCCUGCCAGAUGAGUUCGGGGGGAACCUAGGACCCUUUGACAACGGAGCCUGGCACGCGUCCAUUCUAGCGAAAAACGAAUGGUGCCUACAGCAGAGGCACUAUGGAUACAGGAAAAGCUAGUUGCCUGUUCAUCAUUGUUGCGAGAUACUUGUGAACUCAUAAGAGAUAGUUUAUCGCUUUGUACCAUCUUUCAGGACUACAGUGGGUGAUGUACAGUUUACUUUGUAGAAACCCGUAGGACAAUUAGAAAUUUAGCAAUUUCAAGACUCGGGUCAAGUGAGGUGAUGUACAAUUUAUAAUGUAGUAACUCGAAGGGAAACUAGGAUUAAGCGAUUUUAAGACUCGGGUCAAGUGUGGUGAUGUACAGUUUAUUUUGUAGAAACUCGUUGGGCAACUAGUAUCAAAAACUUUCAAGACUUGGGUAAAGUGUGGUGAUGUACAGCUUAUUUUGCAAAAGUUCGUAUUGCAAUUGGGAAUAAAAGCUUUUAAGACUCGGGUCAAGUGUGGUGAUGUACAGCUUAUUUUGUAGAAACUCGAAGGGCAACUAGAAUUAAACGAUUUCAUGACUCGGGUCAGGUGUGGUGAUGAACAGCCUUUUUUCCAGAAAAUUGUGAUACACUAGCUAAAAAAAAGAAGAGGGAUUAAAUUCGAAAACGCUGAUGUAAAUUUUGGGUAAAUGAUUGUGUCUUGAACUCUAUAAACGUAGGUAAUGGAAGAAGUUUCCCCAUAAGCUCGUUCUCUUGAAGCUGAUGUUUCAAAAAAUUAUGGUGUACUAGGAUGAAAUAAAAAUAGAAAUAUCGCUUAAACUACUGUACAGUGUCAUAUCUUCAGUUUAAAAAGCUAUGGUGUACGAGAAUAAAAGAAAAAGCUGUCGGAUAAAAAAAACACAUUAAUCUACCUCCCAAUAAUCUCUACACAAUAAUUAAACACCUCAAAUUUUUUCUCCCAAUACCUACUACACAUUUGCUUUCUAACUUCCAAAAAUUGUGAAAAAUUCUUU